CCAAAGUAAAAAAAAAAAAAAAAAAGUUAACUUAACAUUGCACUUAAUUAUACUAAAGGCAUGCCCAGAUUGGUGUUCGAUCAAUUGUUCAAAUAAGAGAUACAAACAUGUUUAAGGUCUCAACAAAUAUUAAAAAAAAAAAAAGGAAAAAGAAAAUAAGUAAAAACUAGAAAGCAAUGAAAAAUUGGUUAUGUUCUAAGCAAUUAGAUUCCAAAACAACAAACGCUACCUUAUAUUUCAUUAACCAAACAAUCGUGAGAAUUGGAAAUGUGACCAAACAAUCGUGAGAAUUGGAAUGACGAAGUAGAAAUAAGCAUCCAUGUAUCCGAGACAGCUCUGAUGCCAAUCGCUGCAAAUUUACUUCUAAAAAUAACUUAUUUCUAGCACGCAAGUAAUCGCCACAAGAAAUUUCCUCAAGGUCGUUGGCACCGACGUAAACCAUUCUUUCGAACGGUAAUAAAUGUUGAAUUGAUUCACUCUUCCAUCUCUACGACUCAAGUGGAGGUCAAUUACUGUGCUGAUGAAACCAUACAGACCAGCCUUUGCACUUAAAAACUUCCCUUCACUUGCACCCUCUACACCUCCCAUCUCCGUCCAAAAUGUCGAAACUUUCAUGGACGCCCGAAGCAUCAAAACGGGUUUUGAUCCAAACACAUGCCGUUCCAACUUUAUGGUUGAGAACCUCCUCAGAAAGGGCAAUCUCUCGAAAGCUCGUCAAGUGUUUGACCAAAUGCCUAACAGGAACACUGUCUCUACAAACAUGAUGAUUUCGGGUUAUGUCAAAUCAGGAGAUCUUUUGAAAGCUAGACACAUGUUUGAUACCAUGCUUGAUAGAACUGCAGUUACAUGGACCAUUAUCAUUGGUGGGUACAUGCAAAAGAGUCAGUUCCAUGAAGCGUUUAAGCUUUUCGCUGAGAUGCGAAGACAUGAUACACAGCCUGAUCCUGUGACUUUUGCUACUCUUUUAUCAGGUUGCAAUGGCGCUGAGGCUGACAACGAAUUGGUUCAAGUUCAUGGACUUGUUCUUAAGUUGGGUUACCAUUCUAGUAUCAUAAUCUGCAACUCUCUGGUUGGUUCUUAUUGCAAAACUGAUCACCUUGAUUUUGCUUCUCGGGUUUUUGAGGACAUGCCUGAAAGAGAUUCUGUUUCCUUUAAUGCAUUGAUUAAUGGGUUCGCAAAAGAUGGUCUAACUGAGGACGCAAUAACCAUCUUUCUGCAGAUGCAAAAAUUAGGUUUCAAGCCUUCUGAUUUCACUUUUGCUGGAGUUUUAAGUGCUGCUAUUAGAUUAAAUGACUUGGCCUUUGGGCAACAAAUUCAUGGGUUUUUGGUGAAGACUGGGUUCGUUGGGAAUGUAUUUGUGGGGAAUGCAUUGCUUGAUUUCUACUCCAAGUACGAUUGUUUAGUUGAAGCCGGGAAGCUAUUUGAUGAGAUGCCAGACUUGGAUGGCAUUUCUUACAAUGUAAUCAUCACAUGCUAUGCGUGGUCUGGGCAACAUGAAGAAGCUAUUAGCCUUUUCCGUGAAUUGCAGUUUACAGGCUUUAACCGGAGGCAAUUCCCAUUUGCAACCAUGUUGAGUAUAGCAGCAAAUGUAUUAGACCUGCGAAUGGGGCAGCAAAUCCAUUCCCUGGCUAUUGUGACUACAGCUGAUUCAGAACUUGUGGUUGGGAAUUCUUUAGUUGACAUGUAUGCAAAAUGUGGCAGAUUUGAAGAAGCCGAAAAGAUAUUCAGGAGUCUGGCCAAGAGAAGCACAGUUCCAUGGACAGCCAUUAUCUCGGGUUAUGUUCAGAGAGGAUUCCAUGAGGAAGGCCUGAAUCUGUUCAAUGAGAUGCACAAAGCUAGUGUAAGAGCAGAUCAGGCCACAUUUGCUAGCAUCUUAAAAGCAUCUGCAAAUUUGGCUUCACUAUCACUGGGGAAACAAAUUCACUCAUUUGUAAUCAGAUCAGGUUAUAUGUCAAAUGUUUUUUCAGGAAGUGCACUUCUCGAUAUGUAUGCAAAAUGCGGUUCCAUAGAAGAUUCCAUUCAACUUUUUCAGUACAUGUCUGAAAGGAAUAUAGUCUCUUGGAAUGCCUUGAUCUCAGCCCAUGCUCAAAAUGGUGAUGCUAAAGCCACCCUCGACUCAUUUGAAAAGAUGGUUCAGUCAGGUUUCCAGCCAGAUUCUGUCAGUUUCCUCAGUGUUUUAUCUGCUUGCAGUCACUGUGGACUUGUUCAAGAAGGGUUGAGGUAUUUCAGAACCAUGACCAGAAUACACAAUCUUGUUCCUAAAAAAGAACACUAUGCAUCUAUGGUUGAUAUGUUAUGCCGGAGUGGACGGUUUAACGAGGCAGAGAAGUUGAUGGAUGAAAUGCCAUUCGAUCCUGAUGAGAUUAUGUGGUCAUCAGUUCUAAAUUCUUGUAGGAUCCAUAAGAACCAAGAACUGGCUAGGAAAGCAGCAGACCAGCUAUUCAGUAUGGAGGUGCUUAGAGAUGCGGCUGCUUAUGUCAGCAUGUCUAAUAUCUAUGCGGCCGCUGGCCAGUGGGACAAUGUUGGGAAGGUAAAGAAGGCAAUGAGGGAGCGUGGAAUUAGAAAGGUUCCAGCUUAUAGCUGGGUUGAAAUAAGACACAAGCUUCAUGUGUUCUCAGCAAAUGACAUGUUACAUCCUCAAAUGGAGGAAAUCCGGAAAAAGAUAGAGAUGUUGUCAAAACAGAUGGAGAAGGAAGGUUACAAGCCUGAUACAAGUUGCGCCCUUCAUGAUGUAGAUGAGAACAUCAAAAUUGAGUCUCUUAAGUACCAUAGUGAGCGGUUAGCAAUUGCAUUUGCACUGAUAAGUACACCUAAAGGAUCACCAAUUCUAGUAAUAAAGAACUUACGGGCAUGUACAGACUGCCAUGCUGCAAUCAAGGUAAUCUCAAAGAUCAUUAGAAGGGAAAUUACGGUGAGGGAUUCAAGCAGGUUCCAUCAUUUCAAGGAUGGCAUCUGCUCUUGUGGGGAUUAUUGGUAGUUUAUAGAGGGGUUAUUGCGUUGUUAAUGGCUUGAUCUUCCAUCGCAUGAUUGAUUUCACCUCUGUAUAAGAUCACAACCAUUCUGGAGCUCAUUCAUUUAGUGGUGAAACCUCUAUCGCACAGAAUGACUGUUCAUGAAUGUGGAGUUUUUCACAAUGUAUUGGCAGUUCAGUUUUGAUGGUUAUAGAUAUGGUAUCAUUUCAGAAACCAGAAGUGGAGAGACAGCCUGUGCGGUGCGCUCUGGCAUUGGCAAGUCGGGACUUUGAAUCUGUUCAUGAAAGGGGGAAUAGAAUGUAAAAAAGGACUAAACUAAUUAACAGUCAUGGCAUUUUUAGCCUAAAGUUUCCACAACGUCGCAGCAAAAUUAUUGGGUUGCAGGAGCAGGAGCCUCAAGGAGACUCUGGACUUCAGGUAUUGAUAGGCAAACUAGUUGAAUCAUUCACCGGUCUUGCCUGCCGCACCUGAGGGAUUGAUAGGCGAACUAGUUGUUGAGUAAGUGAUAAGCAAACUAGCAAAGCAAUAGAUUAUGAGGCCGCGCAUGGUAGCAUAUCAAGCUGCUUUUUAGCAAUUCUUUGUUCAGUAUUUGUAGAAUUCCUACCUCUUCAAGUGGAUAUUGCAUUCAGAUUGAAGUCAUACAUGCAUGCUGUAAUGGUUUUGCUUUGCUCAUUUUUGUAGUACAAACUGCUGUGAUAGCAAGUGAGGCAUUUUAAUGAAAUGCAUAACAAGCUUGCAGCUUAAAUAGUUGAAAGAGGAUUUAAUUUCAUCAAAA